ACUGUUGGCCGGCCUCAGCCGGCUUCGGCUAGCUCAGUUGUAUUUUGCGUUCCACAGGCGACGGACGAAAGUUUUCGCUAUGAAAAUGCAACUGCAACACUGCAAAUUUAUGCACGCGGCUGCAUUUUGAAUAAAUCAAACAAAACGUCAACGAACUGUGCCCAAAUUAAGAAUUCAAAUCGUAAACGAAAGAAUUAACUCAAAUAGAGACAGAGACAGAGAGUGACAAAGAGAGCGAGAGAAAUUUGCAUAUCUUGCAACAUAUAAAGAAAAAGUUUUUUUCUGCUACACUCACCAUGUCGCAGGAGCUAACGAGCAACGUGACCAACUCAAUGGACACCAUGGAGGACACGUCCAAGGUGGAGGUGAUUGUCUAUACCAAGUCGGACAAGACGCUCAAACAGAAUAUGAAUGCCAAGGACGAUACGCUGCGCAAGCGUACCUCAUUGAUCAUAGUGCCGCAGCAGGUGGACGAUCUGCUCGAUGCGGCGGCAGUGCAACAGCAGGAGCAGCGGCAGGAGCAGCAGCAGCAGCAACAACAACUCCAACUGCAACAUCAGCAGCAACAGCAGCUCACAGAGAACGGCAAUCGCAAUUCGAUAGCCAGCAUGGAUAGCUGCGUCUCCACCAAUACCAGCCAGAGCAAUCAGUCGAGCGUCAGCUCCAGCUCGAGCACCAGCUCCGAGGAUGCCCAUGCCGCCUAUCAGGAUCUGCAGAAUGGCAAUGGAGCCGAUGAGCUGGCCGCCAUGCAUUCGCCCGGCUGCUCCAGCACAUCGGAGUCGACAUCCUGCAGCAGCUCAGUGGAUUACUCGCUGCGCGAACAGCUCCACAACUAUGCCAAUCGCAGCGAGGAGCAGCUGAAGUGCAUCAAUCACCAUGAGCUGCCCACUGCCGCCCAGCUGCUCAAGGGCAUGAGUCUGCCCAUGGAGCAGGCGGCCAGUGGAGCGGCCGCCCAUUGUGAUGCGUUGCUCAGUCCGCAGGAGGUGCCGCUGGGUCGCCGUUACGCCGAGGUGGCACAGUUCAAAGGUCACAGCAAGGCGAGAUCCAAUGAACAGCAGCUGACGUCGGCUGCUGCUGCAGUGGGCGUGGCUGCGCCACUAACCGAUAAAACAGAAGCUGUUGUGGCUGCGGUCAAGUGCAGCAACAAUGGCAACAACAACAACAACAACCACAACAACAACAGCAGCAACAACAAUGGCAAUGGCAGCAGCUGCAAUAAUGCUGCGCAACAGUCACAAAAAUCUCAGCUGCAGCAAUCGAGCAACAACAGCAACAAAUUAAAUGGCCAAUCAAAUCUCAGUUCGAACAACAACAACAACAACAGCAGCAGCAAUAGCAAUAACAACAACAACAACAAAAUGAUAUCCAACAGCCAAAUGGAUGGGAAGAAUGGCGACAGCCGUCGCAGCAGCAGCCUGGAACCGGAUGCAGACGACGUUGUCGACUUGGCCCACGGCGGAGCCUUCGAUGACGAUAUGCAGGCACUGUUGCCCAAAUGCACGCGACGCUCGAGAGAUGAGCUCAGUCAGUCACGCACAUCUCUCGUCUCUAGCUCGGAGGGCGGCAUUCUGGCCGAAGGCGAGACAUCCAGCGAGGAGAGCUCUCGCGAUUCCAGCAACGAUUCGCCGCCCUGUGAUUUGGGCCUGAUGGAGCGAUUGCUGCUAACGCAUCCCAUGUGGUUUCUGCCCGGCAUUCAGCGCUCCGGUGCCGUGCACCUGCUCCAGGGCAAAGAGGAGGGGACGUUCAUUGUGCGUGGCUCCAGCCAGCCGAACACGAUGGCCGUGUCGGUGCGCCUGCCCCAGGACACGGGCCCAUACAUCGAGCACUAUCUGAUCCAGUCGCAGGACAACAUACUCAGCCUGGAGAGCUCACGCUUCAAGUUUGGCUCCAUCCCAGCGCUGAUCGCUCACUACGCCCAGUGCUGCGACGAGCUGCCCGUGCAGCUGAUGCUGCCACGGGUGCUGCGCGAGGCGAACAAUCGCAAGAAGCUCUCGUCGCUGGCGCUGCUCGGCCAGGAGUUCUGGAGCUAUGCCAGCAGUCCGGCUGUGCUGGGUCCGCCCGUUAUGGCCAAGACAAAUCUCACGGCCAUCGAGCAGCAGCAGCAGCAGCAGCAGCAACAGCAACAGCUGCAGCAGCAACAGUUGCUGGAUGCCAAGUCGCCGCUGUCGCUCACAGAGACGAGCGGCCUGGGCACGGCCACGUUCUUCAGCGAUGCUCUGGUGGCCAAGCCGCCGGCUGUGGCCCCGCCCCAGACCCUGUUCAGUCCCACGGGCAGCAGCCAGCUGCUGGGCUUCUUCAGCCAGGCGGGCACGCCGUCGGACACCAACUCGAGCAUGAGCUCGUUCACGACCAGCGGCGGCCAGCACAUGCAGCUGCUGAGUCCCAAUUCCGUGGACUCGGUCAUACUGACCAUGUCGCCGGUGGAUGCGCAGGGCUAUCUGCCGGGCGGUGGUGGCGGCGGCGGCGGCGGCGGCGGUGGCUUGGAGCAGCCACUGCAGCCGCAUGGCAGCAACAAUUUGAGCACCUUCAAGACGACAUCGGCGGCUGUGGCGAGUAUUACGGAACUGGAGCAGGUGCGUCCGCAGCGACCGAAGCCGCCGAACACAUUGAAUCUCAAGCCGCCGGCGCCGCCAAUGCGCUGGUCCAAGCCCCACUCGCCGGAUCAGCUGGGCAACAACUUUACGGUGACCACCACGGUCACCUUUUCCAUGGAGAACAACAACAACAGCAACAACAACAACAUUGCCAGCAAUGGCAUCAACAGUGCAGCCAUGGCCAAGCCGAAUCCCGCCCAGUUUGUGGAGGUAACAACGCCAGCCGCGAGCAAUCCCUUCAACGCGCUGCUCAACUCACAGGCCAGCACCAGCACGUUCCAGACCUUCGCCAAGCGCCUGUCGCCCGAGGGCGAGUGCAAGGAUACGCUCUCAUCGCAGGGCUCCUCCUCGAACGACAGUCGCUGGCAGUCGCAGUCGCAGUCGCAGUCGCAAUCGCAGUCGAGUCGCGACUCCAGCCACAGCCAGCGGAAGAUGCUGUCCCCAAUGACGCCCAAUGGCGCUGGCCACCUCCUGCCCGGCGUCGGCAGCACCAGCAGCAGCAGCAGCAAGUCACGCAAGUCGCGCAUACGCAAGGAGUCCAAGCACUACCAGGAGUCGGACAUACUGGAAAGCCCGCCGGCGCAGUACUGUGCCAGCGCCCUGAGCGACAAGAUCAGCGACUACGAGGACGUCUGGACGCACGAUCCCAGCGAUCGGGCUAGUCUCCUAACCAGCUUCAAGCCCGGACUGGACAAUGGCGGUGUCUUGAAUCGACGACCUGACCUGCUGGCCGAGACACCAGCUAGCACACCCACGCAGCAGCAGCUGCUGUCACCCUGCGAUGAGACCAGCGCUGGCCAGGAUAGCAGCCAGCAGCUGAUGCAGUUCUCGGGCGAUGCCCCGGCUCGCUCCCGGGCCGGCCUCCUCCUGCCGAAUCUGGGCAAUGCGGCACCAGCCAUGACGCAGUCGCUGACGGAGCCGAGCGCCGCCGAUGAUGGCGGAGACACGACGCCCACUGCGGCACAGACACCGGGCUCACGCAGCAAGCAGGGCAGCCCCACAUAUGCAGAGCCAGCGGAUGCACUGCGUCAGGCGGGUCUGACCAAUGCUGCGGCGGCGAUCUUGCGCAGGCAACAGCGCAGCCAGCUGCUGCCCGCCAAUCAGCGGCACUCGGAGCCGCUCAAGGGCGGCCAUGCAGCGGCCGCUGUGCCGCUGCUGCUGCCCGCCGAUCUGGAGAAGUUGGCCGGCAGCCUGGACGAGCUGAAGCAGAAGCCAAAGCCGAUGGCUCAGCAGGCGGCGAAGCGUGGACGCACUCGCAUCGAUCACUGGCAGCUGGACAGCAGCUGGGAGUUUAUGGCCAAGCAGGAGACGAACGGCGGCGGAGGAGGCGGCGGCGACUAUGACACCACUGUCGACUGGCAGGAGAAGGAGAACUCGCUGGGACGCGACAAGGAUGGCUCCAAGAAGCGGCCGCUUACCGUGCACCAGAUCAUUGCCAAGCGUCUGCCCGAUCUUAAUCUGCCGGAGCUCGUGCGCUGCUCGACUCCGCCCCAGAUGCCGGCAGCAGCAGCAGCAGCAACAGCAGCAGCAGCAACGUCGACGACGACGACGACGGCGGCAACGGCGAUAACGACGAGCGCAGCCCCGCUGCAGGAGAAAUCGAAUGCCGAUGGCAGCCAAAAGUCAUUCCAGAGCCAAAGCGGCUGUCGACUGUCCUCGUACGACAACGUGGAGCGCAAUUGUGCCGCAUUCUGUCAGACCUACUACGGCGGCAUCGACUCGGCGCAGUCGGACGAUGGCACAGUCUUCUCCGAGCCCUGGGACUCCUCCCAGUGGGACUCCUUCAUGCCGAUGCAGGAUGAUGCCACCAUCAAUUCGGAUACCAUUCAUCUGUCCAAGUGCCGGCCGGCGCUCUCGGAGGAUGACACCAUCAUUGAGGAAUUCAGCAGCACCAAAGACGGCAGCACCAGCAGCUGCAACCAGGAUACGCUCAAGGCCAAUAAAAAUGGCACCAGCGCCGGCGCUGGCAGCAACAACAAUAACAACAACAGCAACAACAAAGCAAUGCGACCCAAGGUGGCGACCAUUCUAAGGAAUCCAAGCAUGCGGGAUCGUGAGAUAUUAUGCCAUCCCCGGAAUAAGAUGAACAUUCAGAGCGUCGGGCCGGGCGACUCGCUGCGCGCGUACACGCUGCAGUUGGCCCAAGAUCCCAACUCCACGUUCGCCCGCAACAUUGAGAACUUCAUCAGCUGCACCAAGGAGUCGAGGGAGGCGGCGCCCCAGGUGGUCAUGCGCAACAUGCGCCAGUUCAUGAGCGGCAUGAAGAACUAUUUGGUGAAGCAUGGCGAGGGCAAAUUCCAUGCGGAGCUGGAGUCGGCGCGCGCCCGCCUCAAGUCCGAUGAGUUUCUCAAUUUGGACGCCAUGCUGGAGACGGUGAUGCACCAGCUGGUGGUGCUGCCACUGCGCGAGCAUCUCUACGGCAUCUUCGUGGACUACUACAAGCGCAGCGAGGACAUUCAGCUGCUCGCCCAGAAUGUGCGCUACGCCUACGAGCGGGAUGCUUCCGACUUUGGGAUACGGCCCACAGUGACGCCGCCGUCGCAGUCGGCGCUGCGGCUCAUCUCGAAUCUACUGUGGCGUCUGCAGGAGGCCGAGCUGCCGCUGGACAAACUGGAGCUCUUCCUGUGCGUCAUAUCGACGGUGUUCGAUGCGACGGGCUGUCCGCGGGGCCAGCAGUUGGGCGCCGAUGAUUUUCUGCCCGUGCUGGUCUAUGUGGUGGCCAAGUGUGGAUUCGUUGGCGCCGAGAUCGAGGCGGAGUUCAUGUGGGGUCUGCUCCAGCCGACGCUGCUAAAUGGCGAGCCCGGCUACUACCUCACCGCCCUCUGCAGCGCCGUUCAGGUGCUCAAGACGUUCAUGGCAUCCGAGGGGGAGAGCGGCAGCGGUUCACUAGACUGGCGCUCCAGCUGCUUGCCGGCCUGCUCGAGCGUGCUGCGCGUCAUCAUACCGGACGAGUGCAACGGCUCGCUCCAGACUCGAACGCUGCCCGUGCGGCCGCACACGACGACGCGCGAGGUGUGCCGGAUUAUAGCGCAUAAGGCGCGCAUCACCAAUCCGCAGGACUAUGCGCUCUUCAAGCUGGUCGACGGCGAGGAGACGCUGCUCACCGAUGCCGAGUGCCCGCAGGAUGCGCGGCUCGCUGCCAAGGGCAAGCACUGCAUGCUCGCCUACAAGCGCAUCGAUGCCAAGAUUGCCUGGCCCACGGCUGCACAGCCGGGCAGUCAUUGAUGCCACCGGCCACGCCCCCUACCUACUGCCAACUAUACCCAUACCCUUACCCAUACCAGCCAUGCCAACCGGCCUCGCCCGCGCCCACGCCCGCGCCCCUUUCCCUCUCCCUGUCCCUGUCCGUGCCCAACGGCCCCAUCUUGCUCACUAACAAGCAUAUUUGAUUAAUAAUUUAUUAUUAUUACAUUAAAAUAUACUUAGUAGCCUGUAAGUAAAGCUAAUUAACGCUAAUACAUCUAAUGUGUACUAAACAACAACAGUAUUGAAUUAAGAGCGGUUUUUUUUUUAAAUAUAUUUUUUAAUCUCAUCUCUCGCCAACAACAUUCAAAUCAUCAAAACGUCAUCAGAAACAUCCAGAAGAAAAGAUCGAACAGCCUGUUCGCAAUAAUUUUUUUUUGCUAAUAAAUAUACGAAUAUAAAAACAUAUAAAGAAAACAAAAUAAAAACUAUGUAUACAACUAUAUAUACUACAUAGAUAUAUAUACAUAUAUACCUAUAUAUAUCAUAUAUAUGCGUAGUUCGUAGUGGGCCAAAGGUAUAGCACAAGGCCAUUUAUUAUAGAGGUAAUCCCAGACAGACAGACAGACACAGACACACUCACACACACAUCUAUCUAUAUUGCACUCCUUAUAGGCAAUUUAUCUAAAAUACAUAUAUGAUCUAUAAACUCAAUAACAAUCGAUGACCAAUUGCAGCAACAAGAAAACAAUCACAAUUUUAAUGCAACACACACACACAAACACACACACACACAUAUAUACAAAGCAAAGCAUUUAUAGCUAUCUUUUUCUACUUGGGAGGGUUAUGAAAGCAAUUAAU